AUGCGUGCCUGCCUCCUCAUACCGCUGCUGCUCGUGGCGGCUACCGCCCGCACCGUAACCGUUUCCGUCACCGCGACACGGACCGUCACGGUGAUCUCCGCAGCCGCCGUUACCACAUUGCGCACCACCGUGUUUACAACUGCGUACCGCACCCAGACCACCCCGCUUACUGAGACGCCCCUAUCACGACCCACGGCUGUCAACAACACUUUCGCGUCCGCAGUGCUCGACCUGCACAAUGACUACCGCCGCCGUCACCACGCGGUCCCGCUGCGCUGGAACAGCACCCUGUACACUCACGCACAACAUUACGCAAACAGGAUACUUUGCAAUGGCUCACUGGUCCACUCAGGCCUGCCGCAUGGCGAGAACCUGGCGCUCGGCUACAGUCCGGCAGCUGCCGUCACGGCUUGGUACGACGAGAUCGCCGAGUACGACUUUUCGACCCCCGGCUUCUCACAUGCCACAGGGCACUUUACUCAGUUGGUCUGGCGCUCGACCACCUCCGUAGGCUGUGCUUAUGUAAUGUGUGGGCCAUGCUACGGUCUCUAUAUCAUCUGCCAGUACGACCCACCGGGCAAUGUGGCCGACCAGUACGUGGCCAACGUGCUGCCAUAG